AUGAAUAAAGUGAGAUGGGAGCAUUGUAUUCUGAAGGUAAAUAUAGGAAGGUAUGAAAAGCAAGGUAAUCCAAUGAAGAUGGAUUGGAAUCAUGUGAAGGAGUUCACUCCCCCUCCACCUCCUAUAAAGCUCGCCUCUGUAUACGCUAAGGUAUGGCCACUCAGAAGUAAUAGGAUGUUUGAAGUAGCAGUAAAAGGAAUGGAGACAGGUAAUGUUAUCACUCAUUCACGUCGAAUGAUCGCUUUAAAACCAAUUGAAAAAGUUUCCCAAUGGGGAGAAAGUGUAUUGGUGGGAGAAGUAUGUAAUGCUCAAUUCAUCUCAAGCAUCCCUACAAUCAUGGAAAGAUAUGGCAACCAUAGUGUAAAAGUUUAUUACAUAGGUGGAUUAAAAAUACUAAUCGUUUUUGUCAAUCAGAAAGAAGCGGAAGCGUUCUAUGUGGAUGACUCAAAUUGGAAUAGGUGGUUUAAAUGGUUGAAAAAGGUAUUUGAUGAAGACACCGGUGGAGAAAGAAUAACAUCGGUCAAAAUAAAUGGUGUUCCUGUUAGAUUUCCUUCCGAAGAGAAUUACGCACGCAUCACUGAGAACUUUGGGAAACCAAUAUAA